AUGGUUACUACAAAACAAGUUCGCAAGAGACUGGAAGACAAGGAGCUGUAUGUAACAUGUGGAAACCGAUGCUACAAGAUCAUUGCCGAGAGAGUAGAGGAAGAAGAAGAGCUAAGAUCCGAACAAGAGGAGGCUGAUACACGACUUCUCCUGCAUGUGCAACAUGCAGCAAAUGAGCAGCGAUAUAGGUCAAUCAUUGUAUGCUCGGAAGACACAGACGUUAGAAUCCUGUGCCUAGCGUUUUCAUUUUCCAUUGAUGUACCGAUUUAUCAGCGUUGUGUUUCUCAACUGAACGCUCCGUAUGUCGACAUUGGAAAAAUAGCCGACGUCAUUGACCAGGAUGCAUGCAAAGCACUACCAUGUUUGCACGCAUUUACAGGUUGUGAUGCAGUGAGUGCCUUUGCAGGGAUUGGGAAAGUGAAACCCCUGAAGAGGUUACUGAGGAAAAAGGAAAACCAACGCACGUUCCAGCAACUUGGAGAAAACUGGUUGAUGUCUGAAGAUCUUCUGAUGCAGUUAGAGGCAUUUGUCUGUGAUAUGUAUGGCUCAAAGAACGGUAUCUCAGACGUGAAUCAAUGCAGAUAUUCGGUCUUCUGUGCAAAGAAAGGUAAUAAUAAUAAUAAUAAUAAUUAUAAUAAUAACAAACUUUUUUAAAGUGUCAUAUGAAGUUCGCUAAUCGGAGACACCUAGCUAUCUUCAUAAUAUUAAGAAAUUAGAUCACAAUAACAAAGAAAUAAAUUCAGCGAUAAAUGUAAAUGUAAAUGUUUUCCCGCCCCGUACCUAUGAUAUAUAUUCAUAUAUUCAUUCAGGUGAAGCGGAAUCCCAUCAGCUGCCUCCACGCCAAGACAGCUUGUACAAGCAUUGCCGGCGAGCCAACUAUCACGCAGCGAUAUGGAAAAAUUCUCUACGAAACAACGACAUUCCAUCCCCAGUUGGUCAUGGCUGGUCUCUUGUAAAUGACGGAGCACAAGAGAGAUUAGUGAUAGAUUGGAUGAGUGGACUCCUGGUACCAACAGCUGUAAUAGAGCUCAUGUCAUGUAUGUGCAAGAAGGCCUGUAUUGAUGAUUCAUGUGACUGCAUUCGAAAUGGCUUAAAGUUCUCCGACCUUUACCGCCUAAUAACUUGUUCUAACCAGCCAGAUGAAGAGGAGGACAUCCAGGUAGACCUGGAUGAAGAGCACGUUGACUUUGACUGA